AAUAAAAAAUGGCUGGUGCGCUGGUUAGAGUUAUUCAAAGGACAAAAACAAAUCUGGGCAUUGUUGCGCCUCUUGCUAAUGGCAUUAACAAUGUACCGGUACGCUAUCAGCAGACACAAGCGCCUCCAACUAAGUCCAAGUUCGGGCCUUUGGCAGACAGUGAUAGGGUCUUCACAAACUUAUACGGCCGACAUGAUUGGCGUUUGAAGGGUGCCUUGGCUCGAGGAGAUUGGUACAUGACCAAGGAAAUUCUUCUGAAAGGGACAGACUGGAUAGUCAAUGAACUAAAAACAUCUGGUCUUCGUGGGCGUGGUGGUGCCGGUUUUCCCACUGGCAUGAAAUGGUCCUUCAUGAACAAACCUUCCGAUGGUCGCCCAAAAUAUUUAGUGGUGAACGCUGAUGAAGGAGAGCCUGGCACUUGCAAGGACCGUGAAAUAAUGCGUCAUGACCCUCACAAGCUGGUUGAAGGUUGCCUUAUUGCUGGACGUGCUAUGGGUGCCCAAGCUGCUUAUAUUUACAUCAGAGGCGAGUUUUAUAAUGAAGCCAGCAAUUUGCAAGUUGCUAUUGCAGAGGCAUACCAAGCUGGACUGAUUGGUAAGAAUGCCUGUGGUUCUGGUUAUGACUUUGAUGUGUAUGUACACCGAGGAGCAGGUGCUUAUAUCUGUGGUGAAGAGACUGCCCUCAUUGAAUCCAUAGAAGGGAAGCAGGGCAAGCCACGACUAAAGCCUCCAUUCCCUGCUGAUGUGGGACUAUUUGGUUGCCCGACUACGGUCAACAAUGUGGAGACUAUUGCUGUUGCUCCGACUAUCUGUCGUCGCGGUGGUAAAUGGUUCGCGUCGUUUGGACGACCUCGUAACUCUGGCACCAAACUCUUCAAUAUCUCCGGGCACGUGAACACGCCGUGCACUGUCGAAGAGGAGAUGAGUAUACCCCUCAAGGAGCUGAUAGAGAGACACGCGGGCGGAGUCUGCGGCGGCUGGGAUAAUCUACUGGCUAUCAUACCAGGGGGCUCCUCCACACCUUUAAUACCUAAAGAUGUAUGUGAGACAGUGCUAAUGGACUUUGAUGGGUUAGUUGCGGCUCAGACAUCUCUCGGGACUGCCGCUAUUAUAGUUAUGGACAAAUCUACCGACAUAGUGAAGGCGAUCGCGCGUCUCAUUAUGUUCUAUAAGCACGAAUCAUGUGGUCAGUGCACCCCUUGUAGGGAGGGAGUAUCUUGGAUGAACAAAAUCAUGUAUAGGUUCGUCGACGGAAAUGCUUCGCCGAAAGAGAUUGACAUGUUAUGGGAAAUUUCCAAACAAAUUGAAGGUCACACUAUAUGCGCGUUGGGUGAUGGAGCCGCGUGGCCAGUCCAGGGUCUGAUCCGUCACUUCAGGCCGGAGCUGGAGCGGCGCAUGCAAGCCUGGGCUUGUGUACACGGACCGAGCAAGGCGGAACGAUUAUACUAAACAAAAUAACUUCACAAGAGAACAUUAUGCACUGAAAUAAACUUUAUAUCU